AUGACAACGCGCAGAAAAAAGCCCUUUAGUCACAAGGCCAAAAAGGCCCAAAUGCAGGAAAAACGUUCCAGGAUACGGGACGACUGGACAUGGGAUGACCGAGAAGCUGAUAGCGUAGAAUCGAAAAGCCAGCCACGAGCAGAGCCAAGUGCCAACCUCACGGAAGGAGAAGGUGACGGAGAGACGCACAGUUCAGCACUCUCAAAGGAAGACGUUGAGAUGACAAUGGAUGGACCAAAGGUUGCAGAAGCUGGGUACGGAAAAGGGACACUUGAAUCCGUGUUUGCAAAGUGGCCCAAAGACAUUUUAGAGCAGCGGAAGAAGGAGAGUAUGAAACCACUCCGUCGCCUACCACCGACGUCACUGGAAGUCUCUUUCGAGGAUCUCUAUGCUGCGGACGCUAUCAUUGACAUUCCCAAGCGUCCCCCAUGGAGCUACGCUGAAUCAAGAGAAGUGGUCCAAGAGCGUGAGAGCAGCUAUUUUCAGAAAUGGUUGGAUGCCGUCUAUGCCAAAUAUCCUGCCGAGGAGCUCAGUUAUUUUGAACAUAAUUUGGAGGUUUGGAGACAACUAUGGCGUGUCGCAGAGAUAUCCGACAUUAUUUUGUUCAUUGUUGACGUGCGACAUCCGAUCCUCCACUUUCCCCCAUCCCUUUAUGAUUAUGUUGUGAAAGAUCUUGGGCGAAAACUUAUUUUGGUAUUCAAUAAGAUUGAUUUGGUCGGCCAAGACACACUUGAAGCAUGGACAAACUAUUUCAGGGCAGAGUUUCCUGAGAUCAGUGCCGCUAGCUUUAGCUGCUACCCCAAAGAUGGGUUUUUGAAGUCAGACUCUGCUACAGCUGCCUUGAAGUCCCGCGUCCGCCGAAAGUACAAGCGAUACUACCGCGCUGUGGGUGUGCCAGAAGUAUUACGCGCUUGUAGAGAUACGAAUCUGGUAAAGGGCGGUGUCGAGGUUGAUUGGGAUGUGCUUAUCGAUCGAGCUGAGGAUGAGAGAAGAAAGCGGGAAGAAGAAGCUAAGCGAAAAAGCGACGAGGAGGUGUCGGGGAGAAGAGGACGACGAAAGCGGGAACAGUUGGAUGCGAAAGAAGACCUUACUGAAGAUGAGAGCCAGGAGAGCGAAGUGGACGAAAACUGUGAAGAUGCUGAUAACAUGGUGAAUAAGCUAGAUAUCGAAGAGCACGAAGCAGAACCAAAUAAAAACUGGGUGACGAUUGGUCUAGUCGGUCAUCCAAACGUUGGAAAAUCAUCAUUGAUUAAUAGUGUUAUUGGACGCAAGGUCGUAUCCACAUCUCGCACACCAGGGCAUACGAAGCAUUUUCAGACGAUACACUUGACGUCCGAUGUAAGAUUAUGCGAUUGUCCGGGACUGGUAUUUCCCGCCAUUGUGCCCAAACCGUUGCAGAUCCUUGCGGGGAUGUACCGCAUUUCGCAAGUUCAAGAACCCUACACGUCCAUCCAAUACCUCGCCGAACGUGUUCCUCUGGAGGAAAUUCUCAACCUUCACCACCCUGACCAAGACGACCCAGAUACUGCAUCCACAUUUCAUUGGUCGGCCUGGCGAAUUUGCGAAGCUUUUGCACUUGACCGUGGGUUCCUGACAGCGCGGGUAGCCCGUCCCGAUGUAUAUCGCGCCGCUAACAUGAUAUUAAGAAUGUGUGUGGAUGGAAGAAUUUUGUUAGGUUUUAAACCAAAGGGAUUUUCGCAGGGCUUGUGGAGGGAAAUUGGACACAAUGCAUCACGAAUGGAGAAGGAUGAGGAGCGCGCUGCGGUGAAGGAGGAAGAAGAUGACGAGAGCGAGGAGGAAGACAUUCAACCAGAGCAAGAUGGUGGCGCCUUUGAGUUAUUGGCGGGAAUGGAUGAGUAAACGAUUACCUUUUUUCAUUGCUCGCAACAAAUGUGCAUCACGAGGGAAUUAUCUUCAGAAAUACAUACCACAUGUUCUCC